AUGUCUCCCACAAAACUUGCUGCUUUCUCAGUUCUGAUUGGAUUGACCAGCGCUGCCUUGUUUUGUACCAGCUCAGUCGGACCUUGUCUUUCUGGUGCUUGUCCUGGAUCGAAUUCUGUGUGUGUCGGUCCAACUUCGAAUCCCGUUUGUUGUAAUGCAUCAAAUAUCUACGUAUCGUCAUCCUCAACAACAAGCACGACAACAAGUACUUGCUAUGAUUUGUUGAACCCGGUGACUGGAGUGUCAGAUUGUCCAAGAAGAUCAUUUUUGUGUGCCGAUUCAACAUAUUACAGUGUGAUGGUCGUUCAAUGUCCUCGUACUUGUGGUUUCUGUGGAGCAUCUUCAUCCAUCUACAACUACACUUCUUUUUCAUGCACCGAUUCGACCAACCCCUACACUGGAUCUUCUGAUUGUGCUUCUUUGAGAUAUUUGUGCUACAAUUCGGCCUAUUCCACCCUGAUGUCUUCUCAAUGUUGUGCUACUUGUAGUGGAAAGAAGAAA